AGGCGAACGAGGUAGUAGGCAGUCCCUGAGCCAAAGGGCAUGGAUGUGAAGAAGGUGGCAAUAUUCUGCUUGUUCAGAAUAUUCCUACCUGUCGUUCUUCUCUGUGCUGCUGUGUUCAGAAUCAAUUUCUUUUCCUUUGUGUACCUCAUCUGUCUACUGAUAAAUCCUCUUUUAUCAGGUCCAUCUCCUCGUUAUUUGAAAGCUGUCGUAGGACUUAGCAGCAUAUUUUGCCUGUGCCAUGUCAUUUUUCAAACAGUUUUACUUAGCAUCGGAAAUUAUGUAUCUAGUUUUGAUUAUUGUGAUUGGAAAGGACGAUUAUUUGCACUAUUUGGCUUCCAUCGGCUGGAUAGCAUCAAGCCAGUUGAUUGCAUCCGUCUCAUUGCUAUUGAUUUCGUCGUUUUAUUUUCGGCCGUCGGCGUAUUUGUUGCAGUUGAAAAACUUCAGAAAGUGCAACCGACUUCCGAAAGUCAGGAUCUCAUUGAUGGAGACUGUAGUAGGAGGCCUGUUAAAAAGAGAAAGAGGCGGAGAUCUGAGGUCCUGUACUGGACAGGAGAAACUUUUGUUCUCUUAUUUCUAGCUGGUGCUGGGAUUUUGCAUCCAUCAUUAUCAUCUGCUGUUUAUUUUUUGAUUUUCUUAUUCGUCUGUACCUGGCUUGCUUGCAAUAAAAAAAUUGGCCGAAGAUAUUUGCAGACGAAAAUACCGCUUUUAAUUUAUUGUGCUAUUCAUUUUGUGACGUUGUAUUUGUAUCAAGUUGACUAUGUCAAAGAAUAUCUUCCACCUGAUAGUCUCUCAGUUAGGUUACUUGGCCUUCCUGAUUUUGUGGGACAGAACUGCACAACAGAUGCUCGUACAUUAGUCUUCCAUGAAAUGAGCUGGACUGCUUAUGCCAGCCCAUUUCCUGUCGAAGAGAGCAAAUAUGAACCAGCAAUAUCAAGGUUUGAUUCCAAGCAGAGUUCUCAACAUUCUCAGGGAAGCGUCCGCCGAAGGAAACAAUCAAGACGUAUGACUAGAGGACUUCUGGAGGAAGAUCACACUGGGAGGUCUUACCGCACCAUUGACAGCAGUGAUGCAGCUGUGAAAGAAACACUGGCUGUUGAUGCAAAUGGAAGUAUCAUAUGGACAAGUGAAAGUGAUACACCAGAACUGCUUCUUGAUCAAACUGAAGAAGAGAAGGUUGUGGUACCAAAGAGUUUUGGCUCAAAGUGUAAAAAAGUUUUCAGCCCUAUUCUAUCUGGUUUAAAGCUAAUUGCCAGAGGAAGCUACGUGGUCACUCUCAUUGUAAUGAUGACCUGGAGUAUUACAUAUCAUAGUUGGCUUACUUUUGUUUUGCUGCUAUGGUCUUGUAUUCUUUGGAUGUCUCCCAAUUCCCGGCAAGCUUGCUUGCGAUCCUCACCAGCUCUUGUUUUUUAUGCUGAAGCAUUGUUGCUUUUACAAUACAUUUUUGGCUUGAAUUUGAAAGAUGAUGAGCUUCCUUGUUUCAGUAAAAAUGUUGCUCAGAUCGGAUUAGUGAAGUAUGGAGAUCUUACAUACCAACCAUUGGCAAUAAAAAUGAUGUACACAUUAAUGUUUUGGAUAACCAUGCGGCAGUUUUUUGAAGAGCGCCGAGAAGCCCAACAGCAAGACAUUGCAGAAGCUGUGAAAAGGCACUUUAGCAUCGUUCCUUCGACAAUAACACCUAACCCUUAUAUAAGAAUAAUUGCUGAAUUUAUCUCCAAUUUGUUAACGAAGUACUGGAUAUGGGUUGUUGCAACAAUGCUGAUGGUGAUAUCACUUGGUGGAUCCGUGGUUGUUGUAUAUCGCAUAGUCUAUAUGUUUCUAUUCUUAUUCUUCAUUCUAAUGUUUCAGUUUUCUUAUAGAAACUGGCGGAAAAUAAUGUAUGGGUUCUGGCUUACCGUUAUUGUUUUUUCCAUGCUGGUUCUAAUUCUUAUUUAUACAUAUCAGUUUAAAGAUUUUGAUGUGUACUGGGAAGAAUAUCUUGGUGUGCCGAAAAAUCUUCAAAGAGAUCUUGGUCUUGAGUUGUAUGAUUCUGACACAGGGACGUUAUUUUUGAAGCUAUUGACACCAACUUUUUUCCUAAUCAUUACAAUAAUCCAGUUGCAUUAUUUCCACAAAGAGUUUUUGAUAAUAAGCGAUAUUCACUACAGGUCAGGAGAGAACUUAGCAGAUCGAACACAGCUCACUACAACAACAGACUUGCCAAAUGACAGCAAUGAGACGCACAUUACAAUAGAUCCUGAGCAUGUUGCUGAAAGGCCAAAAGAUUUAGAUCUUGGAGCCACCCCACGAAAGGAGUUCAUUCAGAGCUCUCCUGGGCUUGAAGUUUCAACACCUGGCUCUCAAAAGCGAGACGAUGCCGACAGUAAUCGAGCUGAAAGGGAAUUUAGAGCUGUGAAGAUUUGCUUGAAUAAUAUAUUUCAAGGUGUGCAGCAAGUGUUCACAUCUAUUUCAGAAAUACUAUGGAGAGUUUUAGAAAUACACAUCAUCAAAAUUGUGUUUUUAUCAUCAUUUUGCUUGGCUGCAUAUGAUGUAUGUUUCAUACAUUUAGCAUUUGUGGUUUUUGUUGUUGUGGCUCUGCCUGUCAAAUCACUUCAGAUCUUCUUCUCCCACUGCUGUUCUGUUUGGGCUGCUGCACUCUUAUUGUCUAAAAUGAUUUAUCAGUUGAGCAUUGUGUCCUAUUUAAACUGGCGAGUUAAUUGUACAGAUGUCAUUUUUGUCAACUCCUCAAGGGACAUACCUUUUCCUUUCAAUACCACAAUUGACAAUCAUGAUUGGAUUGGCUUUAAAAGGACACAUAACUUAGCAGACUACUGCAAAGGUUAUAUUGCUUUGAUUUUGGUGUUGACUAUUCAAGCAGUUGUACGAAUUAGGCAGGAGGUAAAGCGGAUACAUCUGAAUGAGCCUGAACCAAAAACAGGAGUCAUAUUUCCUGACGCAACUAGAUCAACGGCUGAUGAUAAUCUUUUAGAAUGUAUCAAGUACUUGGCAAACUACUUUUUUUACAAGUUUGGUUUAGAGUUCUGCUUUGUGACUACAGUGUCUUGCAUUGGGGUUCGUUUGGAUGUAUUUGCUUGUCUGUCUGCAAUAUGGUUAUGGUGUAUGUUUUUCUUGAAGCGGAGAACUCUUGCUAAAGUUUGGCCUGUGUAUGUUACAUACCAAUGCAUAAUUUUGGCAUUCCAGUACAUCAUUUGUCUAGGGCUGCCACCAGGGUUUUGUAUCGAAUACCCAUGGACAGAUGCUCUUAAAGAAGGCUUAGCAGAAUGGCUUUUCUUACCAAAUUUUCAAACUCCUCCAAGUUCUUCCAAAGUUCUUGCUGAUUUUUUUCAACUACUUUUUGCUUGCUGCCAAUUAUUUGUAUUCCAAAUAGAAACAUCACCAGUUUCUGAGCUUUAUGAAGGAGGAAAUAAUAAAGAAAUCAAUUUUGAUGUUCCUGAACCCAAUCCAAUUCCUGAUUUUGUUACAUAUACCAAAUCAUUCUUAGAUAUGUUCAAAGUGUUUGUGUUUUAUGCCUUCUAUUGGAUAUCUUUGGCUGUAGUCUUUACAGCUGGGACUGCAAGAAUAAACCUGUUUGCUAUGGGUUAUGUUAUAAGCUGCUUCUAUUUUCUUUGGAACGGCAAUGAGUUUUAUUUGAAAACAAGGUCUGCCUUGCUUAGAUUGUGGAACAUGCUGUUAGCUUACAAUAUAGGAGUGCUUCUGGUGAGCUGUUUGUUGCAGCUGGUUGGUUGCACAUACUUUGAGUUUCUUUUAAGAGAAAAACAGUGUUGGUUAAUACAGCUGUUGGGCAUUGCCUGUCAACAUAAAGUUAAACCUCCUGAAGAACAAGCUAAUAUAGACUGCAAGUUUGAACCAGAUCCGGGCCUUAUUUAUGAUAUCAUUUGUUUUGCGUUUCUACUUCUUCAAAGGCGAUUAUUUUCUAGCUAUUAUUUUCAACAUGUUGUCAAUGAAGUUAAAGCUCAACAAGUUUUAUCAUCCAGAGGUGCAGAGUUGAUUCAUGAAAUUCAAAUGAAAGAGGUUCAAGAGCAGCAAGCGAAUGAAAAGGAAAUUAUGGAAAGAAUUAAGAAGAAAAUGGAUCGUAUUAGGGCUUAUCAACAAAAGAUUAGAGGUGGAGAAAACAUGGAACCAGAAACACAUUUUCAAGCCAUCAGAUCAGGAGAUUAUUAUAUGUUUGAUGAUUUUUCGGAUGAUGAAAUAGACUUAGAACUAUCUGCUAGACAUAAGCGUGUUGAUGAAGAUGAUGAGGACUCUGCAGAAGUAAAAGAGAAAGGAAUAAAUGCGCUUCUACGCAAAACCAUCCAAGGCAAUUUAAAACUCGUGGAUGAACCGAGGAAAGAAUCUGGAGAAGUGGAUGAUGUAGAAGACUCAAGCCAACAAUCAGCCAUAGUCAGUGCUGAUCGAGAUGCUAUAGUUUCUUCUCAGAAAAUGUCUCAUAAGUCUCCAGAUCCUUUAACAAUUACAAGUAGUGGACCUACCAUGAGUUUGUCUUUGCCUCCCUCAGCUUCGACCACCUCAGCGUCAUCUCCCAAAGAAGGCACAGUCGCUGCUUUGAGCCCUCAAGAUGUAAAAUUGGAAGAUGAAGAGGAGAAAUUAGAUGAAACAUUUGUUGAGAAGAUUAAGAGAUGGUAUGCAUUCUUCUGUGAAUUUUUGGAUAGUGUUUUAAUUAGUGCCACUGCACAAUUGAACGCUGUGUCCAAAGAUUAUCGAUUUGUGGCAAGGCAACUUUCCAAGGAGAAGAAACUUCUUAAAGAAAGGUUUAUCAAAAAUGGUUCUUUUGAUAUGAACGAGGCUGAAAAGGAAAUAAAGUUUAAAGAAAUUGAAGCUUUGCCUGGUUCAUCCAAGGAUUUGAAGCAAGUUGCUGUUGUAGUUAAGAAAACCAAUUUGGAUUUCCUUGACAGCUGUGAACUUAUGGAUUCCCAAGAAGCAUGGGAAAAAGAUUUCAAAAAACAGCACUCAACUUUUGUACGUUUUCUAGUUGCUUUAUACUAUGCUGCAAUAUCUCGUUCGGAACUGCUUUGUUAUAUUGUCAUCAUUGUAAACCAAAUGAAGUCUGCAAGUAUUUUAUCCAUUCCCCUUCCAUUAUUUGCAUUUCUCUGGGGGACACUCUCUGUGCCAAGACCUACAAAAGCAUUUUGGAUUACAAUUAUUACAUACACUGAGAUCAUUGUGGUUUGUAAAUACCUGUUUCAGUUUUACUUCUUUCCUUGGAAUGAUAAAGAUCCUCCACCCAAUAACCCCUUUUACCCAACUGUGAUUUUGGGAAUAAGGAAAGAUGACAACUAUGCUGUAUAUGAUUUGUGUGUUCUCUUAGUUGUCUUUUUCCAUCGAUUUAUGUUAAAAAGUCUUGGAUUGUGGAAAGAUGCAGAAAAAAGCUUGAUCAUAUCCAAUGUAACUCCCGAAAGCGUAGUUUCAAAUGGAAAGGAUUAUCAUUUAAGUAAAAAAUUACCUCACAUACCUGAAAUAAAAAAAGAUGCAGCAGACUGUGAUGGUGACAAAUUAAUUCCGUGUCCAGAUGAUUGCUCUGAUGCAGAAGAUAGCGAAUCUUCCUAUGAAGAGCUACCAAAGUUAGAUGUCAACCAAAUUGUCAACUCAAUCGUAGACCCUGUGAAAAUGUUUUUUUACCAUCUUCUUUAUCCUGAGUACCGUGUUACUGUAGAUGUAUAUGCUCUUAUGUUUUUCUGCGAUUUCAUCAACUUCUUCAUCGUUGUCUUUGGCUAUUGGGCAUUUGGGACUGAAGGUUCUGAAGCUGUUACAUCAUAUUUUGAAGAAAAUAAGGUUCCAAUACCAUUCUUAAUUAUGUUGAUAGCUCAAUUUGCUACAAUUGUCACUGACAGAGCAUUAUAUUUGAGAAAAUAUAUAUUAGGAAAACUAAUAUUUCAAGUUAUAUCUGUUUUUGUUGUGCAUAUGUGGAUGUUCUUUAUUCUUCCAGCCAUUACAUCAAGGGAUUUUGUAUCAACUGGUAAUUUACCUCCCAAAAUGUGGUACUUUUUCAAAUGUAUAUAUUUGCUGCUUUCUGCACAUCAAAUUCGAUCUGGAUAUCCAACUCGUAUUUUGGGUAAUUUCUUCUGCAAGAAGUACAAUUAUGCUAACCUUUUCCUUUUUAAAGGAUAUAUGAUUAUUCCUUUCCUAUAUGAGCUUAGAAGUUUGAUGGACUGGAUUUGGACUGAUACCAGUAUGAACAUAAGCAAUUGGCUGAAAAUGGAAGAUAUUUAUGCAAACGUAUUUGUUUUGAAAUGUACCAGAAGAGCAGAAGCAGACUACCCAACACCUAGAGGUGCAAAACGCACUGCUCUGAUAAAGUAUGGUGUUGGUGGCUUCUUACUAUUUUUAAUCAUCCUCAUCAUUUGGUUCCCACUCUUACUGUUUGCAUUGGGCAACACGGUCGGUCGAAGCAACAUUCCCAUCAGUUGCACGGUGGAACUCUCCAUCACUGGCUAUGAACCCAUAUUUCAAACCACUGCCCUGAGGCAUCAGAUAAAAAGUUUCACUGAUGCCCAAUGGAAGCAGAUGGAAAAAGAAGUGGCAAAUUUGGCCCAUCCAUCAACCACCAGUUUUCUCACUGGAUAUGACAAAGAUGACACUGUCAUAGUUGAACUGAGCAACAAUUCAACCUCUGUCUGGACAAUCAGUCCUCCUAGUCAAAAGGCCUUGAUCGAAGAAUUGAGGGGCACAAAUGAGCUUAAAAUGGUGUUAUCGUGGUCUUUCAUGAGAGACAAAGAACUUCAUGCUACAGAUCCCAUUGUCAGAGAUCAAAAUGAACUGAACUUGACUGAUACUGGUUUGAGAGAUAGCUUGGCUAGAGCUUUGAGUGUAAACUAUGGUAAUGUUUCAACUAUUCGUGGAGCAAUUCCUGAAUCUACAAAUAUCCAGGACAUAUUUCCCAAUUUCGUCAAAAUACCUGGAAAAGGAACUGCUUCUGUUGUGAAACAGUUCUACAGCAAAGAAAUUACAAGAAAUAAAUCAUUUUUUGGUACAACGCCAUUCCGAGGCUUGAACAUAUCAAUGUGGACUGGAGAUAUGUUGAAUGACACUGACAUGCCAAAUUCAUCCAUAGCUCAUUAUGUAGAGUGGUGGGAAGUUCAAGAUGACUGCAGCAGUAAAACACCCUAUGGAAUUUUGGGCAUUCAAAAUUGUAAUUUUUUGAGAAUCAUCGCAUUCAGCGACAAAGCUUUUCCCUCAGAAUUGUCCAUUAUAUCUGGAUAUGGAAUUGUGGGGUUAUAUACCACAUUUGUUCUAGUCGUGUCUCGCUUGGUGAGAGGCUUCGUCGCAGGAACAUCCUUCACUAUUAUGUUUGAUGACAUGCCUUAUGUAGAUCGUGUACUGCAGUUGUGCUUGGACAUAUACCUGGUGCGAGAGAGUGGAGAAUUCACCCUGGAGGAAGACUUGUUCGCGAAACUCAUAUUCCUCUAUCGCUCUCCGGAGAUGCUCAUCAAGUGGACAAAGCCCCCUGAGAAUGUCCCGGACCCUGAAAAUGAAAACCGACAGCUUCCUGGUCUCCAACGAUAGUGGAAACCAGGAAGUGUGUGUCCAUUCAUGGCCGCACUUAAUUCUAAUAGGCCAUGACAAUCGCUGAGACUCAUGGCAAUAAGAGGGCGCAACAGGCAACCCCUGCUUUCCAUUACGUUGCCAUUAAUUGGUGGCUUCGGUUCAGCGCCUCUUGUGGUCAAAAUGGGCGACAUAUGAAGUUUCGAAAUUUUCAAGAAUUUCAAGAGCAGAUCAUAGUUGCAUCGGUGCAAUACAGAAAAAUCAUAAAUAGUUAAGGCCCUUAAAGCGUCAGCUCCAUCUAGUGGGGUCAUGGUCCAACGAUACGAAGCGUCCAAUGAUAGUGUAACUA